AUGUUCUCUUUUGAUCUGGACAAAUUAAAGGUUGAGCUGAAAACAUGGGAACAUGAAUUCAUCGAAAAGAAUAACAGAGAACCCACAAGGGAUGACAUCAAGAGUCUGCGAAACGUUAGGCAGAUGUACAAGCAAUAUUCCCUACUGAAGAAGAAACAAUCAUUGCAAACACAGGAACCUUUUGUUCAUAAAUCAAUUGAAAUCGCUGCUCAUAACAAAAACAACGAUGAAAUGGGUGAAAUAGGUCCUACUCCUCAAGUGCACGGUAAGGCGAUUAGUAUUUUUGAGAUGAAUCUUUCGCCUAUAAAACCUAUAUACAUGGCGUUUACAAAUGACAUAAACAUGAACAAUGAUAGCUCCAAAACAAUCUCCAAUGUAUCUUCUCCAGAAAAGACCAUAUCUGUAAACUCAUCGCCUGCGAAUCGAACACUGGUAGCAGAAUCAAUAUCCAACGUGAAACGCCAGUUAAACUUUCAAAUACCGAAGGUUUCUCUUUCACGCACUCCGAUUUCGUCACCCUGUAAGAAACAAGAUGAACUGCAUGCAGAAAACAAGAAGUUCAGCCCUACGACGAAACCUCUACUAGAAUCCGACAAAUCGUCGAGGUAUUAUGGCCCUAACUCACCACUAAGAUUGGAUGAAGAAAACAUUCAUUUGAAUAUUCCGUUUAAUUCAAAAAUCAAACGUCGGCUCCAAAUGGGAUAUCCAUCUUUACUAAAGACUCCCUCGAAGGAUAAUCAUGUGGAUAUUUCAAAUUCAUUUAGUCCGUCACCCUUAAUUAGAAGACCUUUGACAAAAUCUCUGAUAGAGCUGGCCAAGGAGCAUACUGAAAUCGUGAAAGAAUUCAGUAUAUUGGAGGAAGAAGGGGAUCGAGGUGAAAACGGAGAAGAAGGAAGUGAUGAGGGUUGUAAUGCUGACAAAUGCGAAGAAGAAGAGGAAAGCAAACUGGAGGAUGGGUUGAUUAGGUCAAAAGUUAUGGCCGAUAUAUUUCAAGAGGAUGAAGUUGAGGGCAAUCAAGGUAGGGAAGGCGCUUUUAUAAGGAAACGACCUAAGAGAAGAAAGGUUAUCAGAAGAUCACGAGAAAACGAUUUAGAAGACGAAACCUCGAUUGUUAAGAGAGAUGUUCAUAAGGAACUAAUGAAACUGAAGAAAAGAAAAGUGGCAGAAUUUUUGGGAUCCACUUCACAACUCUCUGAGACUGAAUCUGAAAAUGAUGACGAAGCAACAGGCGGUGUAAUCCCAAAGCAAAAGCCCGCCUCUAAGCGCAAGGGCAGAAAGAAGUACAACCUUGUAAGUAAUAAUUUUAGAAGAUUAAAACUACCUAAGAAAAACCGCUUCUUUAACAGACGCUCAGGACGGAGGUGA